AUGGCUGCCGUGACUUGCCCUUCGGCUACCGUGUCGCGCGCGUCCCUCGCGCCGGCGUCCCUUUCAGGCGUGUCUAGCCGCAAGAAUGUGAACGUCUCUAGCUUCACCCCGAAGGCCAACUUCGGCGUGAAGGCAGCGGCUGGACGGGUGACGAUGGAGGUCGCCAAGGACAAGCCCAGAGAGGGGUCCAAGGACCCGUCCAAGGAGACGCUCCUCACCCCCCGCUUCUACACCACCGACUUCGACGAGAUGGAGAAGCUGUUCAACAGGGACAUCAACCCGUACCUGAACCAGGCGGAGUUCGAUGCGUGCCUGGAGGAGUUCAAGGCGGACUACAACCAGACUCACUUCGUCAGGACCCCUGAGUUCAAGGUUGCCGCCGACAAGAUCCAGGGCCCCUCCAGGGAGAUCUUCGUCGAGUUCCUCGAGCGGUCGUGCACAGCCGAGUUCUCCGGCUUCCUGCUCUACAAGGAGCUCGGCCGUCGCCUCAAGAAAACCAACCCCUGCAUCGCUGAGAUCUUCACCCUCAUGUCCCGCGACGAGGCCCGUCAUGCCGGUUUCCUGAACAAGGCUCUGUCUGACUUCAACCUGUCCCUGGACCUGGGAUUCCUCACCAAGGCGCGCAAGUACACCUUCUUCAAGCCCCAGUACAUCCUGUACGCCACGUACCUCUCCGAGAAGAUCGGCUACUGGCGCUACAUCACCAUCUGGCGCCACCUGGCCCAGAACCCCGAGUACCAGUGCUACCCCAUCUUCCAGAAGUUCGAGAACUGGUGCCAAGACGAGAACCGCCACGGUGACUUCUUCACCGCCAUGCUCAAGUGUUACCCUAAGUUCCUCCAGGACUGGAGCUCCAAGCUCUGGGCGCGCUUCUUCUGCCUCUCGGUGUACGUGACGAUGUACCUGAACGACCAUCAGCGUACGGCGUUCUAUGAGGGUCUGGGCCUGAACACGAAGCAGUUCAACAUGCACGUGAUCAUCGAGACGAACAAGACCACAGCGCGCAUCUUCCCCGCCGUGCUCGACGUUGAGAACCCCGAGUUCCAGCGCCGCCUCGACACGCUCGUGGACCUCAACCUGAAGCUCGUCGACAUUGGCAAGAGCGACGCGCCCGAUGCUCUCAAGAGCGUCCAGCGGUUCCCUGUGCUGGCGUCGUUUAUCGGCGAGCUGCUCGCGCUCUACUUCAUGCGGCCUGUGGACUCUGGGUCUGUUGAUUUCAUUGACAACGAGGCCCAGGUUGUGUACUAA